GUUGGAACACGUGGAGCAUUCUGAAAUGUAGAGCACUAGAAGACGCGAUUUAGGAAUUCUCAACUUGGCUCAUUGCAGAGAUGAUGAUGUUACAUAUUCCAGUUGGGUAGUUUCCAUCGUUUUCCACAUCAUUCAGUAGUUUCCAGUGAAGAUGCUAAAGCAGCUGCAGUUUUUCCUUCUGCUGGGAACACUAUUUAUCAUAUUCUUCAUAAUAGUUCACUGGGAUGACGUGAGAGAUGGGAAUAUUCAUGUGCACGUGGCUUCAUCAUCUCCCGCGUUACCCACAAUCAUGAUGUCCUCUAGACACGGGAAAAGUGAGGAGUUAAGCAGGUCAGUCGACCCGAACAUGACGUUCAUCACAACUCACCUAAAGCAUGACCAAGGUGCAAACAACCUAAACCAAACUUUUACUCCGUUUUCUCCAACGCACCUCGAACUACGUCAAGCGCACCGUAGACAUUCGAUAACAGAACUUUGCUCAGCCAAUAACAGCUUCAACUUCCCCGGAAAAUUUAAGACAUUUGACCAGAUUCCAAGCAAAGCCCUGGACCACCUCAUUGUGGAUGAUCAUCACGGUGUUAUUUACUGUUUUGUACCGAAGGUAGCCUGCACCAACUGGAAACGAGUCAUGAUUGUUCUCAGCCAGAGCCUGAAGACACCUGAUGGAGCUCCGUAUCUGGAUCCUCUUGACAUACCAUCAGCGUUAUCCCACAAUGCUACUCUGCAUCUGACAUUUAACAAGUUUUGGAGGCUUUUUGGUCGUUUCUCACGUCCUUUGAUGCAUCACAAACUGAAGAAUUACACAAAGUUCCUUUUCGUACGGGAUCCUUUUGUACGACUUAUUUCUGCUUUCCGGAACAAGUUUGCUCUGCCUAAUGAGGAUUUUUACAGACAGUUUGGCUCUGUAAUGCUUCAACGUUAUGCUAAUAUCUCAAAGCUCCCCGACUCCGCUCAAGAAGCCUUCACUGCAGGUAUCAGAUUGUCAUUUACUCACUUUAUUAAGUACCUGUUAGAUCCACAGACUGAGAAGGAGAAGCCAUUUAAUGAGCACUGGCAGCAGAUGUACAGACUCUGCCAUCCGUGCCAAAUUGAGUAUGACUUUGUUGGGAAAUUGGAAACUCUUGAUGAGGAUACUGAACAUUUGUUGAAGAUUCUUGGGAUGGAAAACCAUGUUCGCUUUCCCCCGGGGUAUCGCAACAGGACAGCUGCGAACUGGGAGCGAGAGUGGUUUGGAAACAUUUCAGUAUCCGACAGGAGAAAAUUGUACAAUCUUUAUGAAGCAGAUUUUAGGUUAUUUGGAUACAACAAACCGACACUUUUGCUUGAAUGACAGAGACAGUUGUAGAGAUUACAUGCAUAUAACGUGAAAUAAA